CUGUACCCAGUAUGACGAGAAGGCUACUCUCAGAGAAAAAUCCUAAAGAGUUUGAUUUUAUAGUACGCCUAGAAAAGUCCAGCCUGAAAAAGUCCAUGAAUGACCAAUAACGUCGUCGUAACUCCGUUUAGGAUCAGUGUGAGUGUGUGAGUGAACUUUCGGUUCGGGGAAAAGAUUAGCACCACAGGAGGAGGGCAACUUAUCAAAAAGUGAUACACAGGUUUAGACCCACGAGCUCAAACACACAGACGAUGUUUUAAAUCAAAUCAGAGUCACAAUAAAUGUGUUAAUGUUCACUGGUUUGCUGGAGGCUCCAGAGAUGCUUCUUCAUUGCCUGGAAUGUUCCACAUUAUGGCAUUAAACAUACUGAUCUUGAUUUUUUUUUUUUCACUUUCAGGUGUUUCAUUGCAAAUAAUAUUUUGAAACACAUUGAACUUGGAAAAGUGUCAUCGGGUUGGUUUAAUGUUUCUGUGUGAGUACAGACACAGUGCACCUUCAAACGUGGUUUUGGUCUCACACUUUUAACAUUCAUUUGAACUUUUUAACUGAACAUAUAAUUAUUUAGUUGUACAGUCCAGGGGUCCCCGACCACCAGUCCAGGGCCCAAAACCGGCCCGCGGGCCAUCUGACACUGGGCCCCAGGAAAAACAAUUUUACAGUACAACUGCUUUUAGUCGACCACCAUGUUUACUCUGAAAAUAUAAUGUAAAUGUGCCUAAAGAGUAAACAGGAUUAUUAGUUCAAAUAAAUUCCCUUUAAAGUUAUAAACAUUUUGUUUUGUUAUUAUUGGCCACGCCCCCAUCCACGAGUCCCUGUGAAAAAAGCAGGUUUAUUUUGGCUCCUCACUAGAUAAAUGUUGGAGGGCCGCUGGAAGAGCCUAUUUAGUUCAGGAUUGUGCGUACAUCUCCAAUUACGCGUCUCUCUUACGCGCAGCGAGCUGGAGUCCUGCUCCAAGUGUGUCACCUUUAUCAUCCGCGCGCGUGAAGUAAGCGAACGGAAAUCCACUUCGUGCAAAUUAGAGUAAUCUAGUAUUUUGUGGACCUGAUUCGCUUAGAUUUAAUUACCACACGGAACGGGGAUUACGCGGCAUUAAGUCGCUAUUGAAUCGGAUCAGAGCGCCCCGAGGUGUGGGGUAUAAAAAGUCGGAGUGUGAAGGGUGAGUGUCAGACCUCCAGCUGCCAACCACGGGCCCCGACUCCCGAAGCGAACCAAGCCGGAGAAGAUGGCAGAGGAGUGGGGGAAACAGGUGUACGGCGCCCGGCGGUACCACGACGAGACGACCCGAGGAUCUAUUUUCACUUACACAAACUCCAACAACACCCGAGAUCCUUUUGAAGGGCCAAACUACCACAUCGCCCCCCGGUGGGUGUACAACCUCUCUACUGCCUGGAUGCUGUUCGUGGUGGUGGCGUCCGUCUUCACUAACGGCUUGGUCCUGGUCGCCACAGCAAAGUUCAAAAAGCUGCGUCACCCUUUGAACUGGAUCCUGGUGAAUCUGGCCAUCGCAGAUCUGGGGGAGACCAUCUUCGCCUCCACCAUCUCCGUCUGUAACCAGUUCUUCGGUUACUUCAUCCUCGGACACCCCAUGUGCAUCUUUGAAGGCUACACUGUCUCUGUCUGUGGCAUCACGGCGCUCUGGUCUCUGGCCAUCAUCUCGUGGGAGCGCUGGGUGGUCGUGUGCAAACCUUUUGGAAACGUGAAGUUUGAUGCAAAAUGGGCCUCAGGAGGAAUCAUCUUCUCCUGGUCCUGGGCCUUCUUCUGGUGUGCCCCGCCCAUUUUUGGAUGGAGCAGGUACUGGCCUCAUGGUCUGAAGACCUCGUGUGGUCCGGACGUGUUCAGUGGGAGUGAGGAUCCUGGGGUCUGGUCCUACAUGGUCACUCUGAUGAUCACCUGCUGCUUCCUUCCUCUCUCCAUCAUCAUCCUCUGCUACGUCGCAGUGUGGUGGGCCAUUCACUCGGUGGCCAUGCAGCAGAAAGAGUCAGAGUCGACCCAGAAGGCGGAGAAGGAGGUGUCUCGUAUGGUGAUAGUGAUGAUCAUGGCGUUCUGUCUGUGCUGGGGCCCGUACGCCGUGUUCGCCUGCUUCGCCGCGGGAAACCCGGGUUACUCCUUCCACCCGCUCGCCGCCGCCCUGCCCGCGUACUUCGCCAAGAGCGCCACUAUAUACAACCCCAUCAUAUAUGUGUUCAUGAACAGACAGUUUCGUUGUUGUAUUAUGCAGUUGUUUGGGAAGGAGGUGGAGGACAGUUCAGAAGUGUCCACCUCAAAGACAGAAGUGUCCUCAGUGUCGCCGUCUUAAACCGCACGACCUUUGACCUCUUGGCCUCUUGACCUCUGCACCUCUGCUCUUCUGUUCCUGUUGUACAAAAUUCUCACAGCAAAUGAAAAUCACAAAAAUAUUGCACAUUUAUCGUCUUUUAAAGUGGCAGUGUUGAUUUUUGUUUUUUAG